AUGGGCUCCGCAGGAGUAGCAACAAGUCAUCAUCUCUACCCUCCUUUCCCCUCAGACAUCAUCACCGCACCACUUGUUUCCAUCUCCCUCUCCAAGCUCGAAUCGGGCGAUGAAGCAGAAUCUCAAGCCUUCUACGAUGCUUCAAAGAAGUUAGGCUUUUUCUAUCUGAAGCUGGAAGGCUCAUCGCUCGGAGAGAGUAUGGUCAACGGCGCCGAGGAGUUGCACAAGAUCCAGCAGGAGUUUUUCAAGCAGCCGAACUCUGAAAAGGAAGAGUUUGCAAGGGAGAAGAUUGAUCCAUUCUUUGGCUACCGCAAAGCUGAGCUGAAGAUUAAGGAUGAGAAUGGCCUUGUGAAGAGGAAUGAGACGUACAAUAUGCGCAAAGACGACUUCAUAGGUAAUGCAGACCCACUCCCGUGCCAUCCUCUGGUCACGAAGAACUGGAAUGUCCUCAAACAAUACGUCGUCGACUGUCGGGCGGCCAUUGAUUUGAUGAUCGGCCAUCUGGAGACUCAUCUACAGCUUCCAAAGAACGCUCUAGCCGAACUUCACCGUAUCACAGCUCGCUCGGGCGAUCAUGUCCGAUUCAACCAAGCAGCGAUUCAGCCUUGGUCAGAUGAACAAGCGCGCCAGGGCGAGCACACCGACUUCGGCACUUUGACGAUCCUGAUGAAUUGGCUGGGUGGCCUCCAAAUCAGACACCCAGAGACACAAGAGUGGGUUUACGUCAAACCCAUCCCUGGAUCUGCAAUCGUCAAUCUUGGAGAUGCGCUCGUCAAGUUUACAGCCGGCAUCUUACGGUCCAACAUCCAUCGUGUCGUCCCACCUGCUCCGCCUCAAGACGGCCUUACACGCAACAGCUUGGUGUACUUCUCGAGGCCGGAGGAUGCGGUUGUGCUUCGCAGGCUGAAAGGCGGUUUGAUCAACCAACAACCGCAGACUGAGAAGGAUCAAGAGCCUGAGAUGACGGCUCAAGAGUGGACGUUGAGGAGGAGUGUUGGUGACUUGAAGGGCGUUUAUACGCACAAGGGCGGCUUGGAGUUGAGGGAGAGGCAGAUGGUGGAUGUCAAGUGA